AUGUCCCCCCUCCAGCCACUCUUCUCCCAGAGCGCCUAUGCAGAGGUGCUCAUAGGGAUAUUCGACUGCUUGACGCUGCGAGAAGUAGUAUCCUUGAUCCGAGUCAACAAAUAUAUCCACCAUGUUUUCACCAAUUCUUCCUCCCUCCAACUCGCACAUACCCAAAGACUCCUCUCCGUCCCACCCUCCGCAUCCGACCAGACAGCCGCCCCGGCCGACAGACUGUCCGCUCUCAAGGAGCGACAACGGCGCAUGGACGAGCUGGACCCUUCGUGCAUAAAGUCUAUCAGAAAGGAGCUGAAUGCCGAUGUGGUUGGAUUCGGGAAUGGCAUGCUGCUGUUCCAUGUUGAAGGAGAGAAUUCGAAGAAGCGCAAGAGGACUCUCGAACAGAUCCAGGAGGAGCACAGGCGGCGGGUCAAGAUAUGGGUUGCCGACGAAGACGAUGACGAAGGGGAUCAUCUUGACUCGCCCGAGCCUCAUGAAAGAUGUCAAGCAGAUAAAUCAUCAGAUUCGGGAUACGACCUCGAAGACGACCCUCACAACCAAUUUGCAGGGGACAGCUGCGCUGGCGAGUCGUCAGACGGGUGGGAUGUUUACCGUGCGCCAGGAGCGGCUUCGGACAGGGACUCGGUAGAUCGUGGCGGGGUAAAGGACCAAGGUUUGUGGCACUGGAAAACGCGCACCACGACCGAGAUCCAAAACCUCCAGCUUUGCGGAGAAGAUAACCUCGUUGCUUUGUUGCAGAAAGGCGCCUACAACUCUUGUCUCUCUGUCCGGAUCACAUUUUGCUCGGCUCUUCCUCCUCUCGGCACCCCCGCCCCCGAGAAAGGCUUCUUGGAUCCCAUCCCCCAUCCUGACGCUGCCCUGCCGUUCAUCGAGCUCUUGUUCCCUGUCCAUUUGGGUGCGUUAGAAACGGAUGUGUUGUUCGGCCCGGGUGGACAAAUGUCAAUUUUGAUCAAUGAACGUGACUCGUUCAAGACAAUCUUUGGAGGUGUUUGGGAUUGGAAAAAGGGCGUCAGUCUUGGUUCCAUACCUAUCGCGGAAAACCAAAAUAUAUCCAUAGUCAGCCCAUGCGGCCCUUUCGCCUUUACUGCCUCUGCUCGCCGUAUUCCGCCCUCUACUUCUCCAGACACGUACGCGAAAGCUAUGGCUGCUCUUCAACUUCCUCCAGCCGCCAUCCCCGACGAGCUUGAAGGCUUCCUACAAUACUCCUUCGAUGCCCACAUCCUCUUCCCUUCCUCCCUCGGCUUCCCAGCGACGCCUGACCCGCCGGACGCGAAUCCUCAUGCGCAGGCGUACCCGAAUAAGAGCUGUAGCUGGUACACUCCUGAUAUACCGCCUGCUUUCCUUGUGGCACAGUUCAACCUGCCGCUUGAGAAACUCAUUCCCUACACUCUGGCUGCCGCCUAUCAGCCCGGAGCGUUUAGCAUCCACGACCUGGACUAUUCCCCUGCCGUCCACAAUUCCGAAUCUCUUGGGAUCUUUACUUGGGGUUUGUGGGGCAAGACGCAUGUUGCCGACUUGUCUGCUCUCCUCGGCGUUGCUACGGAUCUCUCCUUCCGGUUGGCCAUGGCGGAAAUGGUGCACAGGCGGGGAGACGAGAUGGUCCGGCUUCGGGAAUUGUUGCCAAACUCUGCGAGGGACCAGCCGACUGAUAUAGCGGGGAAAGCGUCGAUGGCUCUUGUCUUGAUGAGAUAUGAGAGACGGGUUGCAGAGGAUGGGCGUUGGAGAGAGGUGCAUGCUGAAGAUUCGGAAGCGGGCGACGGAGGCUCCGAGAGCGGGGCGGAAGAUGACUCGGGUGACAAGGCGAGCGACGACAGCGACAGUGACAAGGCGAGCGACGACAGCGACAGCGACAAGGACGAUUCGAAUACCAACUUUAUCGACUCGGUCCUCGGCAAAGAUUUUAUGGCAUCUUUCAAAUCUGCCUGUUCCCGCCGCCUACCCCAACCCACUCCCAACGCUACCACCUCGACCUCCCACCCCACCCCCGACCCUCAUUCGACAGAUAGCCCUUCGUCUCCGGCUUCACCCCCAACAAAGCCUCUGCCAAACUAUCUUCAAGGCGAUGUCACCUCCUUCUUAUCUCUCGCGACCGUGCCCGUACUACCGUAUAACGAGUGGAGCCAGUCCAGCCAUAUGCGCAUGGGCUCUGAAUCGACGCUUGCGAGCGCGUAUGGGUCGAGGGAGGCGAGGCUUGUGCCUGUCCAUCUGUGGGACGAGGAGGAUGAGGAGGAAGACGAACAAGACCGAAAUUCGACGUUUGUGCUGAGCCUGAGCGAUUAUAACGAGAGUACGCUUGCGGAGGGUGUUCGGGCCAAGAGGAGGGUGGCGGGGAGACGGAAGAGGGAGGUGGAAUCGUUCAAGGCGUUGGUGCGCGAUGUGCCGGAUGUCGAUGACGUUAUCGCUGUCGCUUCUCGCAAGACCAAGGUCGACAAGAAACUCUCGGAUAUCCGCAAAAAGCUCGGCAAAAUUGACGCUCGGGUCAAUAUCGAGAGGGAGGAGAUGGAGCGGAUGCUACAUGAGAUACGUGAAAAGGGAGAGGAGGGAGAAGAUGUAGAAGACCCGAGGGCAAGGGCUGCGAUGGAAUCGGUGGAAGCGCAGGCGCAGCGUUUGAUGGGGGUGGCGGAGGAGAGGGAGGAGGUUGCGUGGUUGUUUGAGGAGUUGAAAGGGCUGGCGGUUGUAUAUGGGGUGGCGGAGGAGGGGGAGGGAGAAAAGGUGGAGGAGGCGCCAGCCAGCCCGGGCUUCGACGAUGCGCCUGCUUCGCCCUCGAAUGCUCGCCACCAACCCAAUCAGCCACCCCCGCCAUACCUCACCCUCACCCUGAACCAUCCCCGCAAACCCACGUCUUCCGACUCUUACGGCGUUCCCUCUACCACCCGCACCCUGAUCCCCACCACCAGUCCCAACAUGCCCGAGGUUCUGAAAGACUACUAUGAGGAUAUCAAGGAUCAGGAUCAGUGCGAAGGGACGUUCUUCAUGAAGCGGUCAAAGGAGAUGGUGGUGGAGAUGGAGAUGGAGAUGGUGAGGCCGCCGCUGGUGAUGUUGGAUGGGAGGUCGUUGGUUUUGGGGGGAUUUACGCCUUACGAGUAUCAUGUGAUCAACUUUUAA